AUGGCAGCUCUAUCAGCAGGAGGGAACAACAACAGCCUUGCACCUUCACAGGAUUUUUCCCACAGCAGCCCUGGCGAUGCCACCCGGGGGCUGUGGCUGCAUCUCCUGCCCCCAUGGCAAGGAGCCCCCGGCACACGCGUGUCCCUGGGGCCCGGGGCUCUGUCACAGGCGCCGGUUCUUCCCGCCCGGCCUGACCCCCCCGGUUCGGCUCCUUCCCCUCAGUCCACGGUGUGUGAGAAGAUCAUGGAGCUGCUGGGGCAGAACGAGGUGGAGCGGCGGCAGAGGAAGGUGCUGAUCCUCAGCCAGGACAGCUUCUACAAGGUGCUGACGGCCGAGCAGAAGGCCAAGGCGCUGAAGGGCCAGUACAACUUCGACCACCCGGAUGCUUUUGAUAACGAUUUGAUGCACACAACCCUGAAAAACAUUGUUGAGGGGAAAACGGUGGAGGUGCCAACGUACGACUUUGUGACCCAUUCUCGGCUGGCAGAGACCACAGUGGUCUAUCCUGCUGACGUUGUCCUGUUUGAGGGGAUCCUGGUUUUCUACAACCAAGACAUCCGGGACAUGUUCCACCUCCGGCUCUUCGUGGACACGGACUCGGACGUCCGGCUGUCCCGCCGAGUUCUGCGAGAUAUGAAACGUGGGAGGGACCUCGAGCAGAUCCUCACCCAGUACACCACAUUUGUCAAGCCUGCCUUUGAGGAGUUCUGCCUGCCGACCAAGAAGUAUGCUGAUGUGAUCAUCCCCAGAGGAGUCGACAACAUGGUUGCCAUCAACCUCAUAGUGCAGCACAUCCAAGACAUCCUGAACGGGGACAUCUGCAAGUGGCAGCGCGGGGCGGUGAACGGGCACGUCCGGCCCUACAAGCGCCCGUUCCCGGAGCAGCCGGAAGGCGGCGGCGGCGGCAGCAACGCGCUGGCGACCGGCAAGCGCUCCCACCUGGAGUCCAGCAGCCGCCCACACUAA